AUGGGGAUUUUGAAGAGGCUGAUUGUCUUCCCCACCACAGAUGACCUGGACGCAGUGGAAGCAGCUUUUCUUCUGGCCCUGGAAGUGAGUCCUGCCUUUGUGCCAGAUGUUGUUGCAUUCUGUGCAGUGCUCCACAACCUCCUUCUUCUGAAUGGAGACAUUGUUGAUCCAGAAGUUGUGGAAGAUCAUGACGAUGAUACACUGGAACCCCAAAACACAGAAGUCAGCACAGGAGAGCAUGUUCUUGGGAUUCCACAACUUCCCAAAACUGGAGGAUUGCGGCAAUUUUUGCGAUAUCAGACCCACAAACACUUUGGCAGCUGGAGCUCCCGGUCAAGGAAAAGGGCCAAAACACAGUUCCACGAUACAUUCAACAAAGAUGUCAUCCUUCUUCCAAUGCCAUCAAGCAGUGUUGUUGUCAAGCAUCGCAUAAAGCAACAGUUACAUGAACAAGGACAUAUAUUGAAUGGAUUUGAAUUCCAGAAACCCUGGGACCAUAGGACUGUCACUGAACAAAUAAGCGAUGCCUUUGGAGAAAAGCUCUCUGCUAAUGUGAGCAUAGAGUUUCUGAUGGCAUGUGGCCACAAAUUGAUUACACCCAAACUGCGUGCUGGACAGGAGCUGGAUGCGAGUCUCAUACAUAAAGUAUAUAAAUCAAAAGCCCUGUACAUUAGACCAUCAAAGCCAAUUUUGGUAGAAGAGGACAGCUAUUGCAGUGAAGAAAGCAACUGUGAGGAAAACAGUGGUUCAGCGAGGCAGCUGCGCUCCUCAUCUUUAACACAAAAUAGACACUCUGACAGUUUCACCAGUCUAAUGGCCUCUGGCUCCCCACCGAACUGUACUCUUGAAGUUCAACCUUUUGCCUCAUCACAUGUGUCUGGUGCAUUAUUCUCUCAAACUUCUGCCUUGACCAAUCAAAGAAGUAACUCACCCAACAACAGCAGCAAUUCGACAAGCUAUUUGUCUAGUCAACUGCCAGUGUGCUCACUGGAAAUCUGCCCUUCCACCAGUCAGCCUAUUACCUCAUCAUUUAGAGGAACUAUUUCAGUUAAUCCGCCUCUGGUGGAUCUUACUGGCCAAAGUUUCUCAAGCUCACCCAACCAGAGCAGCAGUUUCGCAUUAGCCUCUACCUCAACACACCAUCAAUCAGGGAACUAUGAUAGCUACCUUUCAGUAAUGUCUGCACUCUCUGACAUGUCUUCUGAUGAUGAGGAGUUAAACCAGGCCAUACUAGCAAGCCUGCAGAGUGAAAGGUUAGUCAAAAUGCAGUUGUUUUACAAGAUUAAUUUGCAAGAUCUUGCAACAAAAAUCAACCAUCAGAAGAAAUGCAAGUUUAAUAUUAACCGAUACACAGUCCUGGAUGGAGCCAUCAGAGGUUUUAAACGAGGAACAUACGAUCCAUGUCACACUAUUUCUGUCAGGUUUUCUGAAUAUAUGGGCAUACCUGAGGAGGCUGUGGACUUAGGUGGACCAAGAAGAGAAUUUCUAAGACUUCUAAUAGAGGCUUUGCUGCAAUCUCCAAUGUUUGAGGGAGACGAAGAUAAAAUGAACUUGGCCCUUGACAGUACUGCCAUGAGAGAGGACUGGUACUUCAUUGCAGGCAGAGCUAUAGCAGUAAGCCUUGUACACGGCGGUCCUCAGCCAGGCUUUCUGUCCCCAACUCUGUUCUCUUCCCUUGUUGAUGGCCCAGAAUUGGCUAAGCCAGGUUUAGAAGAUAUUUCAGAUAAAGACCUGCAUGAAAAAAUUAAAAGGAUCACUGAGAGUAAAUCAUUUGAAGAGCUGCUAGCAUCAACUGAGCCACUUGAGGAGUAUUUGGCCACUGCUGGCUGCCUGAGGCCGCUGCGGAGGAUGGAAGACAAGAAUCAGCUUGUAGAUGACAUCCUGAUGUUCCAAGUGAUACACAGAGUGCGUGGUCCUUUUGAGAGAUUUCGGGAUGGACUGAAAACACUUGGUGUGCUGGACAAAAUACAAGCUCACCCAGAGAUUUUUCGCCCCCUUCUAUGCUGGUCUCCUACAACCCUCACAGCUGAUCUGGUUGAUAACCUCUUUACCAUUCGCCUAUCUCCAGUUGGCAGCAAUAGAAGGCAUACUGAAGAAGUUUUUGUCCCUUUCUGGAGAGACUACCUUACAGAUGCAGAAGAUCAAGAAGGAACACAGAAGCUGGAAACAAUUCUUGCCUUUGCCACUGGAGCCAAUACUGUUCCACCAAUUGCCUUCUCUCCACAACCUUCAGUUGAAUUUCUUCACCGAGAGCAUGAAGCAGAAAGAUAUUUUAGAUUUAGAGGUAAUGGAGAUGUUAAGUCCCUUUGCAACAUCGCUGUUCUGCUGAUUGGCCGGGUCACUGGGCUCGGCUCCUCAGCAAAGACUUGGGUGCGAGUUGCUCCAAUGACACAGUGUACCAUUGGCUCGUUUUGUAACCACUCAAAGGUGAUUGGGCUCCCGGGUUAA